AUGCCGAGCGGCUCUCUGCGCCAGCUCCAUGGAUGCCCCUCGUGGUACAACUUCAAUUCCAGACUGAAACAUCCGGUGAGCAAUUUUUCCUUGCCAUCUGGGCUUUUGCUCUCCCCCAUGCUGUUCCAUUCUGACCCACAAUCAUCUCCAACGGCAGCGGCUACGAACUACGGGACUGGCUUCUACAUCGACAUUCCUAAUGCGAAGUACCAAGGUGCUGACGUCGACGUCAUUCUCACCGCCGGGCAUAACCUCAUCAGUCAGAACAAGGAAAAGAGCAAAAACCUCAGGGUGUUUUCGGGGGAUGACGACGAGAAAGGGUGGCCAGUCCCUGAGGACAACGUAAAGAUAUGCCCCGAAUACGCGGACAAGCCGAACGAAACCGGCUCGGCCUUCGACUGGGCGGUCAUAUUCAAGCCCAAAGACAUGAGCAAGAAGAAGACGUGGAAAGGUUUUCAGUUCAACUUGGCCUUUGCCGCCAACCCGCCGCGCAGUGGGGGUGAAGGCUCGCUCCAAAAGUUCAUGGCCGCCAGAAUCUGGGUAUCGGGAUACAGCAUCCGCAACACUCCUUCCAACAGAAAAGGGGCACUCCGUUACAGUGCCGAGAAAGGGUGGCCGACCGGUCUGAAGCGGCUGAGCUACAAAGUUCGGACUGAGCCAGGCAUGAGCGGCUCGCCCGUCUGGGCUGUUUGUGACGACGAGUUAACCGUCGUGGGCAUCCAUACAACCGGCGAAGAUAGGGCAAACGCGCCAAACGUCAGCCAAGGGGUCAGGCUCGACCUGGACAUCCUAGAAAGGCUAUUUAACUGGACAGGUACAGCGGUCCGCUCCAAGAAACUCAAGGUCGCCACCGCCCAUCCGUUCUCCGCCGAAGGCCUAUACCUCAGUUUCUCCUCCUCGUCCAAGGAUCCUGCGCGUGUGCGACUCGGGGCUGACGGGCUCGACACCGUCUUGGACACCCUCCCAUUCGGUCGCAGACUCGUCCCGGAUGGUUCGAAUAUAGUUUCGAAGAACCCGGCGACUUUUGUUUUCCGCCUCCACAGACCGUCAGAUACCCCUAAUACCCCAGCGGCCGGGGAAGAGAGCCAAGAUCAAUGGGUUUUGCUGGAUACGGUCCGGAAUCGCGUCCUCCUCUCCCCGACGCUUCAGAAGCAUUGCGCUUUCACCUUCCAGAGGAAAGGAAAGAAUGGCCCGUUUGGCAUAUGCCCGGCCGAGUCAAAGGACCAGCAGCUUACCCUGGGAUCAAAAUAUAUCCGCCGUGAGGACUCCUGCUACGGACCGGUGGAAAGCUCUGAAGUCUCGUUCACCCCAUGGUACGGGACACCCACGAGCUUGUUUUGCUUUGAAUAG